AUGGACUUUAUCGAUGGCGAAGCCAUUGGAGGUGGCGAGAGUGGCGAUGACGACGUAUUGGUGCCAAGCUCGCAGACCGACGACAUCAUAAGACCACGAAAACGCCGGAGAAUAGCUGUGGACAGCAGCGAUGAGUCCGGAAACUCCUCCGACGACGAUGUCAAACUGCCGUCCAAUGACUACAGCCAGGACGAUAUCGAGACAGACGAGGCUGAACACAGGUCGAAGUAUGAAGACUUCAUGCAUGUGCCACAAUUUGUCACCACCCAGAAGGACACCUAUGUCACGCAGUUGACCCAGCCAUGGUCCAGUCCGACGCACAUCAGAGGCCCGAGAUGGAGACGUAAAGCAAGUACUCCGGAGCCGGCAGCGAAUCGACCACCACCAGCCGCGGUCGAGCGAAGGCCAUCAGGCCCAACUCCAGCAGCCGGUCGACUAGCAGCCUCUACGGCUGACAGAAACUCGUCAGUGCCAUCUCCGCCACCUCGAGCUACCUUAGACGAUGACCUUACGGCGCCCGCAGGGCUGGACGAAGACGACUUCGAGGCCGAUGACCCUGAUCUCCUUGAUGCACUUAUUUCGGCAGAGCGAUCACAACAACAUCAUGGCCUCUCAAAUGGCAAUGCCAGCAAUAGAGGACAGUCGGGGCAGAAUCUCCGCCAAACAACCUUGUUCGGUAUGCCUGGUGCCAACCAUGAAUCUACAGGCGCUCAAGCGACACGUGCGCACAACUGGCCGCUAGCUAAUCGAGCGGAGAAGCCUACUCAUCAUAAGAUCGACACCGAAGCAAUGAAGACGUGGGUGUAUCCCACCAAUCUCGGCACCAUCAGAGAUUACCAAUACAAUAUCGUACACAAAGGCUUGUAUCACAAUCUGCUCGUGGCACUCCCUACGGGUCUCGGUAAGACGUUCAUCGCCGCUACAAUUAUGCUCAACUGGUAUCGGUGGACGCAGCAAACCCAAAUAGUAUUCGUUGCGCCGACAAAACCCUUGGUAGCGCAGCAGAUUGACGCGUGUUUCAAUAUCGCAGGUAUUCCACGGUCGCAGACUACCCUUUUGACUGGCGAGAUACAGCCUGCAAUAAGAGCAGAAGAGUGGCAGGAGAAAAGGGUGUUCUUCAUGACACCACAGACACUCAUCAACGAUCUGAAGACCGGUAUCGCUGACCCCAAGAAGAUUGUCCUUCUCGUGGUCGACGAAGCGCACAAAGCGACCGGAGGUUAUGCAUACGUCGAGGUCGUCAAGUUUCUCCAGCGCUUCAACACAAGCUUCAGGGUGCUGGCAUUGACAGCCACACCUGGUUCAACAGUUGAGUCUGUCCAGCAGGUCAUUAAUGGCCUCAACAUCUCUCGCAUCGAGAUCCGCACGGAGGAUUCUAUCGACAUCCGCCAGUACGUACACUCUCGCGAUGAAAACCUGGAGGUCUUCGAGUACUCGUUGGAGAUCCUAGAAAUGCUCGAUUUGUUCAGACUUGCUUGUCAGCCACUGCAGAAUGUCAUGCUUCGGCAUCGUGCAACGUGGUGCAAAGAUCCGACGGAGAACACAUUGUUUGGCCUGAAGAAGUCCUACGAUGAAUGGAAAAAGUCCGAGGCCGGCAAAGCCGCUCCUGACUCUGUCAAGUGGCCAUUGAUGAAAGUCUUCCAGAUGAAGAUCUUCGAUGACGAGUCGUACGGAGGCGGCAAGUACGCUAAGCAAGUCGUUGAACACCAGGCCUUCAAAGACAUGAUGACUCGGCUCAGACAGUGGGUCAACAACCCUGAUUUCGUUGGCCAUCCGAAGCUCGAGUACCUCAAGAGUGUAGCCCUCAACCAUUUUAUGGAUGCAGGAGAGGGCAGAGGUGCAGCUGGCGGUCGACCUCCGUCAGAAACCCGUAUUAUGGUUUUCUCACACUAUCGUGACUCUGCCGAGGAGAUUGUCCGAACCCUGAAGAAGCAUGAGCCGAUGGUGAGACCUCACAUCUUUGUUGGACAGUCGAGCACGAAGGGCUCGGAAGGCAUGGACCAGAAGAAACAGCAAGAUGUCAUCAAGCAAUUCAAAGCUGGAACAUACAACGUGCUGGUCGCCACUUCGAUCGGCGAAGAGGGACUCGACAUUGGCGAAGUUGAUUUGAUUGUCUGCUACGAUGCAUCGAAGUCUCCGAUCCGAAUGCUGCAGCGCAUGGGCCGAACGGGUCGAAAGCGAGCUGGCAAUGUCCAGGUACUCCUGAUGAAAGGCAAAGAAGAGGAAGCAUUCGCUCGCGCCAAGGACAACUACCGCAAGAUGCAAGAACUUAUUGAGAGUGGGAAGGAAUUCGAGUUCCAUGAGGACAAGUCGCCACGGAUUGUGCCUAAGGAGAUACAACCUGUGGUCGACAAGCGGGUCGUUGAGAUUCCACUCGAAAACACCCAAGAUACCUCGAUUGAGCCGAAGAAGCGGAAAGCAAAGAAUGCCAAGAAGCCACCGAAGAAGUUCCAUAUGCCGGACGAUGUUGAGACAGGCUUCAAAUUUCUCGGAGCGGGCAAGUCGUCCAAGAAGCAGCAGAUAGUCAAGCCAAAGCUCGACGAUACUGUGGCUCCACUGCCACCUUUGGACCAGGUAUUGCUGACGGCUGAUGAGGAGGCCGAGCGUCAAGAGAAGCAUGGCGAAGUUUCCGGAACGCAAACGCAGUACACGCAGAUACCACGUCUCGAUGCAUACCCGGCAUCUUACGUCAAGCUUGGUCGCAUCGGCCGGGUCAAGCACUCCAGAGUAGCUCAGUCGUUGGCCACUACUUUGCAGAAUAUGAGAUGCAGGACCCAGGGAGAUUGUACGCCUCCGACGGAACAAGAGGUUGAAGCUGCGGUGCGAAAUAUCCCUACCCUAGCACAAGGGCCAGCUGCAGCCAAAAGAUCAAUAACGCAUCGACGCAGUCCGAAGGCACAUGCGAAGAAUCCACCAAAAGUCCCGUCUUCCCGGACAGUGUCCCCACCCACCCUUGAGCACGACUAUGGCGAGCUGGGCAGCUUCAUCGACGACGCUCCUCCAGACAUUAUGCUGGGCACCUUCGAUCUAUCCUCCAAGGCGCCUGCAGCUUCAGCUAGCGAGCCAUUCUGGAUCUCGCAGCCAGAAAGAGAUCAGACGAAGGACGUAGACGAUGACAUGCCUGACCUUGAGGACAUUUUCGGGUUACCAGCCUCGCCGAAGGUGGCUAAGAGAUCCACUGCGAAGACCAAAACGCCAGCUCGAGGGAAGAGACGAGUUAUCGAUAGUGAUGAUGACGAUGAAUGA